AUGGCCGAAUCGCCCGGCUCCCCCCUCUCGUCCAUCGCGUCCGACGACCUGACCGAGGACACGAAGCUGGACAAAGAUGGCCACUCGCCCUCAGCAUCGAGCAUGCCGCCCUCCAAACGCCGUCGCACAGGCGUCGCAUCCUGGGAUCAUCAUACACCCAUAUCCUCCAUCCAAGGUGAUCUGAUACCCACAUCACCUUCCUCGAGCGCCAUAUCCUCCGACACCGACGGCGAAAUCCCCAACUCCCCUUCUCUCAUCGCAUUGAUCGGUGGUGGUCAGGACGACGACUAUAGCGGUCUCGGAGGCGACCAAGUCACGAUAUGUCGAUGGGAUGGUUGCGAGGCUGGCGAUCUCGGGAAUAUGGAUAAUCUGGUCAACCAUAUUCAUGAUGAGCAUAUUGGGACGAGACAAAAGAAAUAUUCCUGUGAAUGGACUGAUUGCAGUCGCAAAGGACAAACGCAUGCCAGUGGAUAUGCGUUGCGCGCGCAUAUGCGCAGUCAUACUAGAGAGAAACCGUUCUACUGUGCCCUUCCAGAAUGCGACCGAAGCUUCACUCGCUCCGACGCCCUCGCAAAACACAUGCGCACAGUCCACGAGACAGAAGCCCUCCGACCUUCAGACCCCGUUCCCAAAAGCCAACUCCUAAACAACCUACCCAACACAGCAACCCCAACUAAUAAAGUCCAACGCAUCAAGCUGAAACUCAACUUCGGUCCCAGAGAAGACGCCGAAUCCUCGACGAACGGAGAAGGAGGAACCCGAGACAUCGACAGCCAGGAGGCUGAAUUGCUACCCGUGCCCGAGUUCAGUCCUGACCUGGGCUUUGAUGCGCAUGAGCUUGCUCUUCCGCCGAGUCAACUUUAUCGACUCCUUCGCCGUCAGGUACAUUGGGCAGAGAUCGAGACUUCGAAACUCAAACGGCAGUGGCAAGAACUAGAGCCGAAGCGCAAAGAUGCGUUCCUUGAGAAGGAGGCUGCGCUGACUGAAGUCAUUGAUGCCGAGGGCCGCUUGUCAAAAGUUGUCUCUGACGCACAGCGCGAGGCUGACAAGGAGACUGGGAAUGCGCAGAAUGGUGUUGAGGAAGUUGGUGCUUGA